AUGGAUGACUCCGCGCCGUCUUCCUCCUUCUCUGCGGCCCAUUACUUUCCGGCACGACGCCGUGUAUGGCAGGCAUGCACCAACUGCCGGGCCCGCAAGACGCGAUGCGACGCUGCCAAGCCAAAGUGCAGUCUCUGCGUGACGCAGAACGUGGAGUGCGUCUACCGCGACUCGAACCAGCCGCGCAUCGAGCAGAAUACCAGGAUCUUGUUGGAGCGCAUCCAGAUGUUGGAAGAUCGCUUGCUUUCUUCACCGGUAUUUUCUGGACAACAGCAAUCGCAGAGCCAGCAAGCUUCCCAGCCGUCUUUAGAUACGCCAUCACCACAAGCUACACGGCAUGCUACAACUCCGCGAUCGGCACACCAUACACAGCCCGAGGCAGGUCCUGACUCAACGUCAACGAGGAACCAAACAGACGCGGUUCAGACAAGGAAUGCUGAUGCAGAUGCUCAAAUUCCAAUCCCUUUAUCCCAUACAGCGAAUGCGAACCAUGUCUUUGAGUGGCCGAUAGUAAAGCAGCUGCUAGCAGAAACGGACUCGGAGUCACAACCGCCGCGGCCAGCUUUUCCGGGAGGGCUGCGCUCAGCGGAAGCAACUGACAUCUUUUUCCGCAAAGAUACAGGUACAGAUUCUUCGAAGUGCCCUCCAGAGUCUUGGAGAUUAUUCCAAGACCGGAGUCUGCCAGUAUCCAUCCAUGCCGCUGAUCGGUAUCGGGAGGUGAUCCAUGAGUACUUUGCCGAAGUGAACAUCUUCUUUCCUCUCCUCUCCCCAGAGGACAUCAUCAACACUUUAAAUGAAGUAAUAGCGUCUGAAAAGACUGCAGGUGUGGUCUCGCCCCUCACUGCGCCGGCCCGGUAUUGUUUAUUGCUGUUGGUCCUCUGCAUAGGAUCCUUCGUCUACACUGGGGACUAUCGCAUCUCAUUGGAUGAAAGAGCAGGCCGAGAUGGAGGUCAACGCCAAAGACCCAUAAGUUCGAGCAUCAUUGGAGACUUCCCGGGCAUCGAUGAGCAGCUGUGGCGAAAAGCGCGACUUUUGCUGGGCUUCAUUUCAUCUGAAAUCAGCCUUGAAGCAGCACAAUGCACGAUGUUGGCGAGCUUAUACAUGAAUGCGAACGGAAAAGUAGCAGAUUCUUUCCACUGGGCGCAUGCAACCGCCGUCAAGUGUGAAGCGCUCGCGAAAAGAGAUGCCACAGGCGCAGAAGGCAAUGAUGGAUUCUCGGACGCCUUCCGUAGACUCUUUUGGGUCGCACUUAUUUACGAAGGUGACUUUGUGUCCGAGAUCUCAAUCACAUUACCCUCAGGUAUAGCGAGAUACGAAGAAGUCGUACCCUACCCGGCCCCCGAAACACCCAAGCAGCACAAAGACUUCACCACCAACCAGGCGACCCCGGAAGCCGAGGUGACGAGUCCGUCAUCGACGUCUUUCUACAGGACCGAGGAACUUGUCGCCUUCCAAAUCAGUACCAACGCGGCAAUCAGGCGGUUUCUCAACCGGGUUAACAGCGUCGUCUUUGAUAGCAAAGACCAGUUCCGCAUGACGCGCACCAACUACGCCAACUGGCUACUGCGGAUCACCGAGGAUCUUUGGUCCUAUCACGGUGCGCUUUACCGCAAUCUCCCCGAUUUCCUGCUCACGAGCCAGCCUAGAAGGACACCUGGGCAACAGCCGGAAAUUGCGAGUUCUCCUAUGACACCCGGUAUCAUUCGAGUUGAGGAGUUGGGCAACAAUCCGUGGAAUGUGCUGAGGCUCAAGGGGCGGUACUAUGCGGGGCAGUACAUCAUUCAUCGCCCUUUCAUCGAAUACGUGAUGUUGAACAUGGCGCACUUCGAGACGCAUCCGUGCCGGGAGGCGAUAUUGGAGCGGUGCCGAAUGUGCCUUGAGGGUUGCAAGGGUUUCAUCAAUGUUUUCGACAUUGAUCCUGCCAACAGCAUUACUGGCCUAUUUGCUGCCGGAAUGGUGACCUUCACCAUGGUUACCAUCCUCCGAGUGGCGACAAUGUGCCCCGUCUUCAAAGAAAUCCUGCCGGAAGAUAUUGAGGGUGCGAUGUUUGUAGGAACGCGGAACUUGCGGCGAUUCAGCAUUAGCGUGAGGGAGUUUGAGUGGCACUUGAGCGUAUUGGAAAGACUUGCGGCGUCUUCAGACUUCCCUGCCAGUGUUGCCCACAUGCAAAAGUCACACGGCCUGUUUAUUUCACAUCAGCAAAAUCUACUCGUCGACCUAGAAACUCUCUUCAAGUACCUGCACCUAGUCAUAUUCGAUUAUCGGGAAUGUCUACAUUGCGGGACAAAGAGGACAACGGUACAAGCUGUACAGCAACACAUGGUCGGCAAAGGUCACUGCAGGUUUGACCCAGAAGACCAAGACUCCGAAUUUGCCGACUUUUACGACUUCACUUUCUCCGAGACCGAAGGCAACGAAGGAGGUGACUUUGAGAGCGACAAAGACGAGUGUGAUGUGCAGAACGAGCCGGCAAGCCCAAGUCAGCCGUUACAGGUCGAUGAAGACUCUCUUCGGUUGCCAUCAGGCAAGAUCAUAUCCAAGCGGUCCUCGGACCAGGCGGGACCGUCUAUCAAUCACCUAAGGCGCCGAAUGCGGACCCCACCUUCACGACUAGAAUAUGUCCAGGUAGAAUCUGAAGAAGAGGGGUCCAGCGAGGACCCGCUGCAUCCUGGUCGGACACAAGCACUGUCUAAAAGAGAAAAGCGAGAGAAGGCGGUGAUCGCGCAUCAGCUAGCAAACAUGAGGGCGAAUGAUCGAAGUGCACUGAUGCACUUAUCUGCAUCGGAGCAGCGAUCGCUGCUGGCGGUGCAGUACAGGAAUGAGGAAAAGGUGCAGAAGGAGGAACGGCGCCGGCAGGGUAAGAUUGAUCGGAAGGGGAACAAGAACUUGUACGCGUACUGGAACACAGAAACGCCUGUUUACCAGUGUGGAUAG